AUGACCGAUGUCUCUCGGCCUCGAAAUCGACACCCCCGCACCGUCCCCCUCCAAGUCUUGUCUCUCGGACUGCCACGUACCGGAACAAAAUCUAUGCAAGAGGCCCUCCUGAAGCUCGAUUUCAAGCACACAUAUCAUGGCUUCGAUAUGAUCGACCACCCCGAACACAUGCCGCGCUGGGAGGAGGCGACGGAUGCGAAAUACUUCAAGAAGGGGAAGCCGUAUGGCCGCGAAGAAUGGGACGACUUGCUGGGCCAUUGCGCGGCUACAACGGAUUCGCCGUGUGCGCUCUUCUGGGAGGAGUUGUUGGAGAGUUAUCCGGAGGCUAAAGUAAUCCUCGUCCAACGAGACAUUGAAAAAUGGUAUGCCUCCUUCGACGAUGGCGUAAUCUCCUCGACCUGGGGCCCCGGCACCGAUAUCAUUGUGAACUAUAUCGAGCCCGCGUUGGGCGUGAACAUCGGACGGACAUGCCGCAAGAUGCUGCUUGGCUUCUUUGGCGCCUCGAAUCCCGACGAAAUCCGCCGGAAUGCCCGAGAUGUGUACCUACAGCAUUACGGAAAGAUAAGAGCAGCGGUACCAAAAGAGCGGCUGCUAGAGUAUCAGUUGGGCAGCGGAUGGAGUCCGCUCUGUGAGUUUCUGGGGAAGGAUGUGCCAAAGGAGGAGUUUCCUUGGGUCAACGAGGCUGCAGCGCUGAAGGAGAAGAUUGAUGCGAUCAAGAAGGAGAAAUUCCUUGCUGGGGCAAAGAUGAUUGCGCCGGUCCUGGCAAUGGCCGUUGCUGCAGUCACAUAUUGGUAUCGCCGAUGA